AUGGCCUCCAGUCACGUGCCCAAUGACCAAGUGCCUCUGCAGGGUCAGAGCAUCUAUACGGACCCGUCUUACUCCAACUUCUUUCCUAAUAAUGUCGAGCGCUAUGGUACCCCAUCCUGGGAAGCACAGCUGCACCAGAAUGCUGCCUUGACAUCCAACUCAACGAACCAAAACUGGCACGGUACAUAUCCUCAACAAGCCUUCAAUUCGCACGGCCAAACAUACGGAGGGCAAACGCAAGCUUUUCGGACAGCUUCGCCUUAUCAGUAUGGUCAGUUCAACCAACAUGGCUCAGCGGGCACCUUUGGCCAUGCUGCUCCCGUGGACCCAUCGCUAGCACUCAAUCCAAAUGGGUUACGUCAACAACAACAACAACAACAACAACAACAACAACAACAACAAUCGCCCUACCAGAUGCCUGUGCGAAUUGCUACACCUUCAAGUCAGUCUGGCACGGUCACCCCGCAAGCACUGCAACAGAACAUAUCGACACUUCAGAAUGCGCGUGCUUCUGCAUCUCCCUUUCAGGUAAGUCCCUGUGAAUUGUCAUUUGAAAAAUUUCAACAUCUGACAUCACCGCAGGUACCAAAGAGCACUACCGAACAAUUCGCUCAGCAGGCGACGCCAUCAGCGUUUGCUAGACCAGUUCGCAAUCCAGUGUACGAGAUUCCCAAAGGCAAGAAGUCAGGCGGGUUAUAUGUUCUUGAUACAGCUGCUCUGGCGAAAGCCACAAAUUCAACUGCUUUGAACAAACUUGUGACACUCGGAUCCGAUCCGAUCCAGCUAGCUACCAAUCGAACUGCACUGCCAUUAUACACGGCUCGACAAUCUAUCAAGGAGCUGAAAAAGGCUGGAGCUGACAACAAGAAGCUUCUCGCUAAGCUUUCAUCAUCCAAGUCAUCGCUCUCGAGAGCAAUCAAGUUCAGCAAGAACAAUGGCGGCAGUCCAGGUAGCUUGAAGCGGGAAGUCAGCGACAGCGAGAGCUACACCGAGUCCUCGGACGAUGACAGUGAAUACAGCGACUCUGACGACGAAGAAGAGUCACCACUUCCUGCAACCAGGCCUGAUGACGAUCCCCACCAAGCUGUCUGCUACGACGUCAUCAAAGCAUCCUGGUUCCCGCGCAGAUUUGCUUUGAAUUCAGCAAAGAUCAAGACUAGCAUGCGCGACCUUUGGGAUGUGCUGAACACCAUCCAGAAACGCUGGCGGGCUGAUAGUAAGGCGGUUGCCGAAGCGGAGGAAGCGAAGAAGAUUGGCGAGCUGCCCACACUGAAGAGUCGAGUCACAAGCCAACGGGACUUGCUGCAAUCUGCUCUGAAAGCUGCGCUCGAUCAUGCACAUCCCGAUGUUUUGUAUCAUUUGGGGCAAGUGAAGCCAUUUUUGUAUCUCUGUUAUCAAUUCUUGGCGAACCGUUUCAAAGCUAAGGAUUUUGACGGGCCACUACCCGCGGCCAUCUAUGAGAUUCUGGCGCGAUGUGGUACUCUCACCACAGAGCUCGUCGAAGAGACUAAAGUCUCCAAAGCAUUGGUUUCUAUGAAGAAACAGGCGAAUGACAAGAACAAAGCUUUUAUACAACAAAUCGUUGAAGCCGCAGCCGCGGGGUCUAAGAAGGCAAAAGCAAACUUCCCGCCUGCAACUGAGGCAGCAGAUGCCAAGGGCGCAAAGCGACCUGCAUCAGAGCCAGCCGUGCGCGCCGCAGGUGAAAGUCUUUCAGUGAAGAAGGUCAAGCCGGCCGAGACCUCUACCACGGCAGUCAAGAAGGAACCUGUUUCAGGAUCAACAAAGCCUGCAGCGAUGUCUGCAAAUGCUUCUGCGCUCAAGCGACCCGGCGAGAAGCCUAUAGGUGCACCUGCACCUGUCAGGGCCCGUGUCAACCCGGUUACGAACAAGCCAUCAAGCAUAUUCGCUUCUCUCAAUGCUGCCAGCAAGAAGCCGGCAACAACUGCUACCGCUCCGAUGGCCACAAAACCGACUGCUCAGUCUAAGGCCACAGCAACGACAGCCAAAGACAAGAAGCCUGCAACAGCAGCGCCCAAGCCAUCGGCCUUUUCCUUUGCAUCAACAAUGGCGGCACUCACAAAGCCUAAGGAGCCGGAGGCGGCGCCUACCAAAACGGAGAAGGACGUUCCUAAUGAAACCCCUGAGCAGAAAGCGAAGCGUCUCAGGAAAGAGUCCAGGCGUCAUCUGCGCGUUACUUUCCGCCCAGACGCUUCUCUGGUAGCAAUCAAAUACUUCAGCCACGACCCCGAAGAGGAGCUUGGACAUGACGAGAACUUCACGCGCGAUGCAGGCGAUCUCGGAGGCGAGGGUCACAUGUUCAAACAACACAAGGAACUCGACGAGGAUGACGAUGACGAAGACGACGAGACCGAAUAUCGACCCUGGACGGAGCCAUCUCAGGUCGACUUCAGCGUCGUCGAUCCUGAGGAGCGUGAAAACGUACCAACUUGUCCCGAGAAAGAGAUGAACUUGCGACGCGAGAACGACAUACUCAUGGUGUUUUACACCAGCCCUGCUGACAUUCCGCCUUCACCUCAUGAGCCUCCGGAGCAGAAUGAGGACAGCACGGCAGCCGUGACAAUGUUCGGCACUCCUCCUGAUAGGUGUUUGGAAAGGGCACCGAAGGCAGCGGCACCUGCAUCCACUCCUGCUGUCGAUCUCAUGGGCCUUGAGAGCAUCAUCGCCCAAUUUGCCAGCCAGAAUCAACCCACUGCGGCUGCAACCGCACCAACGCAAACAACAUACGCUCCGCCCGCACCAGCUGCUGCCCCUGUAGACCUUGCAAGCCUACUCAGUUCCAUUCAGCAACAGCAACCCCCUGCGAUGCCCACUCAAACUGCAGCACCAGUUCCAGCACAGUUCCCAGCUCUCCCGCCUGGUAUGCCGCCUCCACCGCCUGGCACGCCACCAUUCGACAUGGCCGCCUUCAUGGCUGCCAUGGCGGCACAGGCUGGACCUGGUGGCUUGCCGCCAAUGCCUCCCGGGUUGCCUCCUGCGAACUUUCCUGCAGCACCAUUCGCAUUCCCACCGCAACCACCACAACCACCACAACCAGAUGCUGCAGCAUAUCAGCCACAACCCCAAGAUCAGUACUAUCAGCAAGACUACCAGCAGUCCAACGGUGGAACGAAGCGGCCGCGGGACGAUGGAAGCAACAACGACCGAGGCGGCCAAGGCAAGAAGCACAAGGGAGGGGGAAAGCCUCACAAAGUUCUUGCGUGCAAGUUCUUCCAGAAAGGUACCUGCAACAAGGGCGACAACUGCACGUACAUCCACGACCUCAACAUGUAG